GCCAGCACGGGAGUCACAGAAAAAAUGGGCCCAGUGUCUUAAUGCCCACGUCACAUCUACGGUCCUCAACCCUGCACUUCAUAAAAACCUUCUUGGUUUCAAUGGAGGUCCCCAUUGUCGGGUGACGUCUGACUGAACUCUGUCGGGUUGCUUUUUUUUUCCGAUCUCGCAACUCGGACCUCCCAGUUGUUCAAAGGUGGGUUCAAGAACACCUUCUUGGUCGCCGAAAGUAAAUCGGACUUCCUUCCCAUCUGUGGAAGAAGAAAAACAACGACGAGGAAGUACCUACGGCAUUUAGUAACUCACGGACAUGGCACCUAAGGAAGGCAGUGAAGGAAAGAAGAAUGUCGAAACAGACUACAGGACGCCCGGAUUGAGGCGUGCACAGACUACCACACUGUUCAGAGCUGUCAACCCCGAACUCUUCAUCAAACCCAAUAAACCAGUGAUGGCAUUUGGACUGAUUACUAUCACCUUGUGUGUUGGUUAUCUGGGGUACCUCCAUGCUACGAAAGAAAACAACCAGCAGCUUUAUGAGGCCAUCGACAGCGAAGGAGAGAAACUCAUGAGGAGGAGCAGUUCCAAGUGGGGAUAAUCGCAGCCCGUGGAUGUGUGAGAACAAUAUAAACUAAAAAGAAAAAAAAGACCGGACUGAUGCGUUUCAAUGCCUCAUUGAAAUUGGAACCAUAUUGUACCAUGGUUAUGAUGUAUAAAGAUAAUAAAUUAUUUUAGGAUUA